GAAACUAUCGUGGAAUUUUCAUGGAAGGUUUCGCCAGGGGGCAGGGGUUGCUAUUACUAGCUUGCGGCUGUGAAUGUGUGCCUUGGAUUCCCCUCCCCUAGAAGUCCUCCCUGGAAUCCCCGCCCCCUGGCACCAGGUGACACCCGAUGUGGGAACGCUGCUGAGCUUUGGCACUUGGUCUCUAAAAGGUUCACAUCGCUGACCUAUACUGUGGGAAUUUGUUUCAUGCAUUUCUGUUUCUUAGUGAUGAGGCAACAAAAGUUGAUGAGAUAUGAAGAGAAAGAGCAUGGCACCUCACAGUGUUAAAAAAAAUGGAAACAAAAAGAUUGAUUGGUAAGUCGCUCCAACCAGCGAGACCUGUGCGACAUCUCAUUCCCCAUGUUUCACCAACCACUUUCAACUUCCAGUCAAAGUUUACAUGCAGUACUUCAGGAUGUUCACCUGUUGAAAUUAGUUCUAUGUGUAAAUCCAAUGGACUACUGGUCUUAAAUGAAAGUCUGAUUCCAAGUGUAUCUGAGCAGCACAAACCUGAAGUUACAAAAGAAAGAAUAACAUAUAGUAGAGAUUACCUUUUGAAGCUUUCAGAGGUUUCACUUGCCCAAAAGAAACCAGAAUUUCUUCCUGAUCAUCCUGUUGUGCUUGAAAAACCAAAAAACUACAGUUUAAUGUCUGCCUCAAGCGAUGAUACGUCUUUCUGAAGAUGAAGAAUAUGUCUUUUUUUCACCACUGAAAAAAUUAAGGGAAUGUGAUCUGUAGUGACAAUAGACUGUAAUCAGUUUUAUCUUUUAGUAUACUAAAACUGUACUCAUCACUUCAUGCCUGGAGUAAAGCUAUUUUCAAAAAGAAAAUACUUGGUAGAUCAACUUCAAAGUUUUGUAUGACUGUACCAAUAUUGCAUUGAGUUUUAGGGUUAUAAGAGAGACAGCUGUUGGAAUGAGGUAAGAAUACUGUAUCAAGUUGAGGUAUUUUAUAUAAAACAAUAUGCUAUCAUACCUACUAGUAUCCCAAAGAUGUUGAAAUGUAAUCUUUUUGCUGCAACUAAUGAAAAGAAAUAUGGAAGAGUUCAGGCAUACUGUAUGGCUGCCUACUGCAAACACUGACUCCCUGUAGCUGCAUGAACCUACUGUAUAGCAUUUUUUUUAGACAAUUACUAUAGGAUAAAUGUUUAUUUUUAAAAGGGAUUGAUGAGAUACUCUCCCAUAUCUAAAAUACUGACUUUUCUUUUAUUAAAGAAAAUUCUUAAAUUUGUCUUUUGAAAUUAUUGGGACUUAUAAGUCCUUUAUUGUGAUUGAAUGGUGCUAUUUUUGUAAUGUUGCAACCCCUCAUGUGUGUUUCAGUACAUGUAAUAUUGGUUUGUAUUAAUAAUUCUGGACCUUAUCACACAUGGGGAGGGGUUGCAGCUCAGAUCCGCAGUCACUCCUGUUCGAGCAAUGCA